AUGGAAUCGGCUUUUCCUCCGAGGGAGAUGCAAGACGCCCCCAAUACAGAGUUUCUCGAUGUGGGGACGUCCGUUGGUGAUAAAAAUAUGCUUGAAAAGCCUUCUUCUGCGCCUGAGGAAAAGCCUGACACUAACAUUUCUCUCAUUUUUAAUGAGAUUGACAGGCUAUGUGAGCAGGCCAAGGUUCUCUAUAAUCAAACGUUUGCCAAUUUUGAAACCGAACUGACUCGCCACGAGGACGAACAUAAGAAGCUUACCUCGGAAGCUGAUGAGCUCAGGGCUCUUUCUACCAAGAGGGAGGAAGAACUCCGUAGCCUUCGAGAUUUCUUGGAGGCGGCGUCUCGAGAAAAGGAUCGUCUUGCUGAACAGGAGAAAGAUGUCCUUAUGGGGAAGGAGCUCCGAGCCAGGGACUCCAAAAUCCUUGAACUUAAGCGGCAUUUGAGUGAGGUAAUCUCUGAGAGAGAUGCCCUCCGGGGAGAGGUGGUUUUGAUCGGGCAUUGCCUUGAAGAUGCGAUGGCUGAGAGCAGUAAGUAUAAGGAUCUCCAUACUGAGUUGGCUACUACGCUAUCCGAGGUCAGGGCUGAGGUCGAGGCGCUUGUGACCUCACAUAAGGAGGACGCCGCUACUGCAAAUGCUCAGGCCCCGAAGGUGUUCAAAGAGGCUGAGCUGCGCCUGACCGGAGCAGUGGAGCAUGCCCAGUUAAAAUCUCGGAGACAGACGCUCGAGGAUAUAUAUGCGGGGGGCAUUGAUUUAAUCAUUGAGAGGGUGAAGACCCUAGAAGAGGAAGCUGCGGCCCUGCUUCCUUCCGAAGACGAGUCGAGUAGUGACUCGGUAGGCGAUGAGGAUGGAGGUGGAGUCUGUGAAGGGGAGGAGGCCGUUGGAAACCCGGAGGUUAUGGUCAAAGCUGUUGAAAGCGUGCAUUCUGAGGGGGCCGUCAGUCCACAGUCCCUGAGGGGGAAGUAUACUAGGCUUUUCCUUUUCGAUUCUUUGUAUAGGGCUUUCAGAGAGCGUCUGCCAAUGUAG